UUACAGUUCGCGAGUAUUGAUUGGACAUCUAUACUUGGAUCAAAGAAAUCCCAUAUUUGAUUGGUCAAAAUUUAUGGUUCGACUAUCUCGGCAGAUACAUGAUAACAGCUGAUCAACAUCACAUCCAACAUGUUUUUAAUCAUAUUUUAAUAGUAAACAACAACAAUAGUGAGCAUUAUCGGACGCAUUCUUCAGUGUAAAGCAUAAAAUAUUUGUGAUGGCUUCCUGUACUGUAUCAUUGAGAGCAACUGUGUUAUUUUUUGUGGGAACAUUUUUUUCUGUGGUAUUGAAUUUACUGCAAAAACAGCGAGGAAUACCUAAUUUUCCUAUGGAAUUUUAUAAUAGUUACCUUACGUCAGACUGGUGGGUUCACCCAGUGGUUGGAGUAGCAGCAGCUUGUAUAGGAUUGUUGUACCCUUUUUUUGACCAGAAGUUAGGAGAACCACUCGUGUAUAAAAGGGAAUGGUCUAGUGUGAUGAGAUGUGUAGCAGUGUUUGUAGGAAUCAACCAUGCUAGUGCUAGAUUAGACUUUGCUGACAAUUUCCAACUAUCAUUGACACUGGCAGCCAUGUCUAUAGGUUUGUGGUGGUUAUUUGACAGAUCUGGCAGUGGGUUUAGUUUGGGAGUUGGUAUUGCUGUCCUGGCUACAUUUAUGACUCAACUGGUUGUUUAUUCUGGAAUUUACAGGUAUACAAAAGCUGAUUUCCUGUUUGUAAGGUCAUGGGUUCCAUGUAUAUUUUUCUCAGGAGGUGUUACUUUUGGCAAUAUUGGAAGGCAGCUUGCAGUGCCUGAAGAAGAAGAGGAAAAAGUAAAGAAUGAUUGAAAUGGAUAAAUCAAGACUUUUAUUUGAUUAUAGAUCUGUAGACAAAAGUUUUAUUUUGUUUAUGUCAUUUUGCUGAAAUUACUCCAGAAGGUUGUUACAAGAACUAUUAUCAGUCAUAUAAACGUACAGUGAAAAGUUUAUCGGAACACUGAUUUUAAAGAUAAUUGUUAAAUCUGGUCAUGUAGAUGUAAAGUUUGUUGAACAACAGCUUAAACAUUGUUGGAUGUAAUUGUAUUCAGUUUGACAAAAAGGAAGGCAGCAUAAAACAGGACUAACUAGCAGUCCUAUCAUGGCAUUAGAUUGGUACUAAUUGAUGUUGCAUCAAACAUAUACAAAUCCAUUUUCUGGUCAUUAUGAAUAUAUUUGUUUUUGGGAUCAUGUUUGUGGGCAACAUUGUGGCUUAGCAGUUGAAUACAGUAAAUUCAGAAAUUAUUGUGUGCAUUUAUUAUUGCGAUAAAGUCAUUUUAGACUAAAGUGCAAUUUUGAUUUUUGCGAUAUAUACAGAAUAAUCCUGUUUUGCUUUUAAUAUUUAUUUUAAAAAAUUCAAAUUGUGAGUUUUAAUUAUCGCCAUUAUAACCCUGUUGCAUUUUUCGCCAUGAUAAAAACAUCGCAAUAAUUUCUGAAUUAACAGUAUUUUACAAGACAGAGUAAGUUUGUUGUUGUGUGUGGCAUGAUGAAUGUGUUCAGUGUGUGUAUUUGAAGAGUAAGUGUGCAAAAAGUAAUUGAUUUAUGAAUUACAAAUGUGUGUGAAAGAAUGAAAAAGAAAAUGACAUCUGUAUGAAAUGGAACACAUGUUAUUGUUAAAUAUGCAAGUGUGAAAAAGAUGAGACUAACAAUUGUAUGUAUGAAAUGGGUCGAGUGUGAUUGUGAAGUAUGCAUGUGUGUGAAUUGUAUAAAAUGGGACAAGUGUUUAUAUGCAGUGUGCAUGCAAGAGGGAAAAAUGGUCAAAUGUAUGAGUGGUUUUUAUGGGUCUGAACCAGAAACACAAGAAAAUUAGCUUGUUUCUUAGAGAAGCAUCAUUAUUGUUGAGUUAUGAUAUAAGAUAAAGUUUAUAAUAAAUGAAAAACAAGAAAAAAGUAUAAAUACAUAUA